AUGCUUCUGGGACCAGGUGAUCAAAACCAAAGUAAUUUAAAUGAGAUGACGAGAGCUCAGAAGCUGAACUGUAAACAAGGGAAUUUCGACUUCGAAGACAUCCCGGUUGACCACUUAUCAUCGUUCACAUUGAAGCUUCCGUGCUUGCUUUUUUCAUCUUUUAAAGUGUUCUAUACUGUCUUUUCUUUUUUAUGCUGGACUGAUCUCACUGACUGCUUCUGCAAACUUAUCACUUUGGUCAAGUUCAAAAAGAAGAAUGUACCUACGACUAAUUCCUGCAUCCAGAUCGUAUAA